UCGUCAACCUACCCCCCAAGGUAGUAAGCAGAAAGGUUUUGAAACUGCAUAUGGGCUGCAUUUAAUCCAAAUCUAGGAUCUAGACUGGUUCUGCAUAUAUUAGCAAUGCAACAUACUUGCCAACUCAGAUCGUCAGUAAUAUAGUAUGGCUAUCAUGGAGAAAGAACACGAAAUGAAGGGGGACACGGAAAAGCCGGAGUAUAGUCCGGAGCUCACGGACAAUGUCAUUGCCGCCACAGGCCCCAAGGCCCAUCCCCGUCUCAAGCAGAUCAUGCCGAGCCUCGUACAGCACCUGCACGCCAUUUGCCGGGAGGUAGACCUAACGGUUGCGGAAUUGAUGAUGGGGGUCGAAUUAAUCAACGAGUGCGGCCGCAAGUCCACAGACAAGCGCAACGAAACCCUUCUCCUCAGCGAUAUCCUUGGCAUAGAAUCUCUCGCCGACGAAAUCACAUCGAAACUGCUCCUCUCGGGAACCAGCACCUCGGACGCCACGCCCUCCGCCGUCCUCGGGCCCUUCUACCGCGCCGACGCGCCCCUCCUGCCUAACGGGAGCAGCAUCGUCUCGCCACAAACCGGAUGGUACGAGCAGGCCAAGCCGCUACUCGCCAACGUCUCAGGACGCGUGCUCUCGAAAACCACUGGCAAGCCCAUCCCGGACGCUAUCGUCGACGUCUGGCUCGCGGGGCCGAACGGGUUGUACGAACAACAGGACGACGAGCAGCCCGACAUGAACCUGCGCGGGCGCUUCCGCACCGACGCCCUGGGCAGGUACGAGAUCGUCUGUCUGCGCCCAACGCCGUACCCGGUGCCGCUGGACGGGCCCGCAGGCCGCUUGCUGGGGUUGUUAGAUCGUCAUCCGUAUCGGCCGGCGCAUAUCCACUUCAUUGUGGGCGCGGAGGGGUACCGCAGGUUGGUUACGCAGAUUUUUGAUGAGGAGGAUGGCCAUGUUAAGGAUGAUGCGGUGUUUGCGACGAAGGACGAGCUCCUGGUGAAGUUUGAGCGGAGGGAGGGCGAUGAGAGGGCUAGGUGGUCGCUAGUUUAUGAUUUUACGCUGGGGGAGGCGUGAGGGGUUGGUGAGGUUGGUGAGUUUGGUGUGUAUUCGCUUACCUUAGACUGUUAGUAUGGCUGUGAUGGUGUGAUUUGUAUGAGAUCGUGAGUAAGGUAGCUAUGAAGUA